AUGAAGGAGAGGACCAUGAAUAUGGAUUUGUUUGCGAUUCUGGUCCAGCUGUUUGUCCUUGUGCGCACAGCUCAGGGCUCAGAUCUGGAUUAUACGAUGGACAUAUUACAGGACUUGGACCGGUCUCACUCCAUACAUGGGAUCACAGAAGUCUCCGGUCUCCACAACGAGUCCAAGGCCUUUCUCUUCAGAGACAUGUCUCGCUCCUUGCUCCUGCCACCUCCUCUCUCCUCGCGCCUCAAACACAUGUUCAGAGGGAAAUCUGACUUCACCUUUUUAGCCACAGUUCAACAGAAGACGUCCACCUCCGGAGUUCUCUUCUCCAUCCACGACACAGAGAAAAGCUGGUUCGAGCUCCAGAGUUCUGGUAUCCGGGAGGAGCUGGUGUUCCGGUACUGUCACCGGGGCCAGACCCGCUCGGAGCCCCUCCCCUACAGACUGGCGGACGGACGGUGGCACCAUGUGGCUCUGACCGUGUCCAGCAAACACCUGCAGCUGCACGUGGACUGCAACAGGAUUUACGAACGUCUGAUCGACCCUCCUCAGACCAACCUGCCCCGGGGCAGCGAGGUGUGGCUGGGGCAGCACGGCCACAAGCACGGCCUCUUCAAGGGGCUGAUGCAGGAUGUCAAGUUUGUUUUUGCUCCGAACGGAUUUGUCGCUCAGUGUCCAAACCUGAACCGCACGUGUCCCACCUGCAGUGACUUCCUCAGUCUGGUUCAGGGGAUCAUGGACCUUCAGGACCUGCUCUCCAAGAUGUCACUGAAGACGGAGCAGAAGGAGGAACAGAAGGAGCAGCAGACAGAGCAGAAGGAGGAGCAGACAGAGCAGAAGGAGGAGCAGACAGAGCAGAAGGAGGAGCAGACAGAGCAGAAGGAGGAACAGACAGAGCAGAAGGACUUGAAGCAGCAUGAGGAUUGUCUGUCGCUGAGUCUCAGAUUGAAAACUGUGGAUGUGAGAAACGCUGCAGCGUCAACGGCGUUUUCUACAGAGAGGGUCAGAGAGCUGGGCUACGGCACUUUAGAGCUGGGCUACGGCACUUUAGAGCUGGGCUACGGCACUUUAGAGCUGGGCUACGGCACUUUAGAGCUGCGCUACGGCACUUUAGAGCUGGGCUACGGCACUUUAGAGCUGCGCUACGGCACUUUAGAGCUUGGCUACAGCACUUUAGAGCUGCGCUACGGCACUUUAGAGCUGCGCUACGGCACUUUAGAGCUGGAGCUGGGCUACGGUACUUUAGAGCUGGGCUACGGCACUUUAGAGCUGCGCUACGGCACUUUAGAGCUUGGCUACGGCACUUUAGAGCUGCGCUACGGCACUUUAGAGCUGGGCUACGGCACUUUAGAGCUGCGCUACGGCACUUUAGAGCUUGGCUACAGCACUUUAGAGCUGCGCUACGGCACUUUAGAGCUGCGCUACGGCACUUUAGAGCUGGAUAUGGCACUUUAG